UCCCUUCUCCCCCCCCGAAGCCCAAAAACCUCAGGAAGUCCCGUCGCCGGCCUCUCCAACAGAAUCCGCCGCCCCUCCGCCCCUCCGCCGUAGCAAAACAAAAAAAAAGAAAAAAAAAAGAAAAAGAAAAGCCGUCCGCUUUCUCGGGAAAAUCCGCGACUUUUCCCGGGAAAAUCCCGCCCGCCGAGAGGGGAGCCAGGGGAGCCAGGGGGGGAGAUGACGUCGGGGACGAGGACGCCGACGUGGAAGGAGAGGGAGAACAACAAGCGGCGGGAGCGGCGGCGGCGGGCGAUCGCGGCGAAGAUCUUCGCGGGCCUCCGGAUGUACGGCAACUACAAGCUCCCCAAGCACUGCGACAACAACGAGGUCCUCAAGGCCCUCUGCAAGGAGGCCGGCUGGACCGUCGAGGAGGACGGCACCACCUACCGCAAGGGAUGCAGACCUUUGGAACGUAUGGACAUUAUGGGAGGAUCAACAUCAGCGAGCCCGUGCUCCUCAUACCACCCAAGCCCCUGUGCUUCCUACAAUCCUAGUCCUGCUUCAUCUUCCUUCCCGAGCCCUGCCAGAUCACCAUACCCUGGCCAUCCCCAUGGUAAUCCUGACGCGGAUUCUCUCAUUCCGUGGCUGAAGAAUCUUUCAUCAGGCUCAUCCUCAGCCUCAUCCAAGCUACCCCAUCAUCUCUUCAUUCCUGGGGGUUCAAUUAGUGCUCCAGUUACUCCUCCAUUAAGCUCUCCAACUUCCCGAACCCCCCGAGCCAAAAACCACUGGGAUCACGUCGCUGCUUCCAUGACCUGGACUGGACAGCAUAACUCUGUUUUCCCCUCAUCCACUCCGCCGAGCCCUGGCCGUCAGGUCUUACCUGAUUCGGGAUGGCUUACUGGUGGGCCAUCUUCUCCCACAUUCAGCCUCGUUGCUAGAAAUCCUUUCGGGUUUAAGGAGGAAGCUUUUUCUGGUGGAGGGUCUCGGAUGUGGACUCCUGGGCAGAGUGGGACGUGUUCUCCAGCAAUUGCUGCUGGUGCUGACCUCACGUCAGAUAUUCCCAUGUCGGACAGUAUGGCAACUGAGUUUGCAUUCGGGAGUAACGCAACAGGCUUGGUGAAGCCCUGGGAGGGCGAGAGGAUUCAUGAAGAUGCUUCUGAUGAUCUUGAACUCACGCUUGGGAACGCCAGAACCAGGUAGACUCAUGAGUUAACUGGUUGGUGGGGGCUAACAUCAUGCUGUUGAGGUUUGAAUUCCCUCUUUGGCCUGAUGAUAUGACGUGGUCAAUGCAGAUGAAAAGGCAGAGUUCUCUUUGGACUGGCUGGAAGCUUCUAUUUUGUGCAAAUUUCUACUUUUUCACAUGGUUCAAAUCAUGGUGUCGCAGUAGUCAUGCGGGCUGGAAAUGCAAGUGUUUAGGAGCAGCUGUUUUUAUUCUUUCUUUUUUUUUUCUCCUUUUAUUUUCCUUGCAAAAGGACAACUGAAAAUUAAGUUAUAAAUAUUUGGGUGGCUUCGCUCCUGAGUUAAGUUAAUUCGGUCCACAUUUUCUUUCAAAUUUGUGCAAGCCGAGAAGCUCAGAAUCCUUUUAUCUUCCCUUGUUUUCGCUUUGUGCGUGGCUGGCCAUUGGGCCGUUGGUUGCAAAGUUCAAUCCAUAUGUGAUCUUAAGGGUG